GGUAAAUGCAACAUUCAUUAAAUUAUCCCUCCUCUUUCUCUCUCUUUUCCCCGUGAAUUUGCGCACCUUCUUCUCUCUAUCUCUACUUUCUCUCUCAUGAUUUCUGCGCUUAUCAUCACAAUCUCACAUUUCCACUUCUUCGAUCUACAUUGCGUUCAUCAUCAUCAUCAUCUUCUAGGGUUUCAAUUUGAUCGCCAAUUUUUGACGCCAUUGCAGAGCAAUACUUAGCGCUUCAUUUCAUAAAAUAUUACCAUCGGCAUUCGUCAACUCUGUACCUGUAAUUUUCCGACAUUGUGUUCCUUGUGUCGUCGAUUAUUUGACAAAUUUCGGUGUUUGUUUUGGUUCCGAUGAAUCGGCGGCGAUGAGGUGGAAGAGGAGAGAAAAAUGGAGGUUAGAUCGGACGGUUUGCAGCAGGUGAGGUAUGAUAAGGUUCCGGUGGGGCCGAUGUUUGAGAGAACUAGGUUAAAAGUUUGGUUUAUUAGGGUUUGUUCCAGCAUAUUGUUGUGGACUUGUUUGGUUCAGCUUGUUGCCUUUGGUGAGCUAUGGAAUCCUCAUUUCUUCGCUGGUUUCUCACAUAGAUUUUCAUAUAUUGCUACUAUUUCGCCGAAUGUUCCUCCUCCACCACCUCUCUUACCUAUAAGAAACUACACAAGUAAUGGUUUUUUAAGAGUGACAUGUAAUGGAGGCUUGAACCAAAUGCGUGCUGCGAUAUGUGACAUGGUGACAGUUGCUCGGUUCUUAAAUCUCACUUUGGUUGUCCCAGAGCUUGAUAAGACAUCCUUCUGGGCAGAUACAAGUGAUUUCGAAGACAUCUUUGAUGUGAAACAUUUCAUUGAUUCCCUUAGGGACGAGGUUCGGAUCAUCAGGAGGUUACCAAAGAAAUAUAAUAGGAAGUAUGGAUUCCAGCCGCUGGUUAUGCAACCGAUUAGCUGGUCCAACGAAAAAUACUAUUUUGAACAGGUUCUGCCUCUUUUUGAGAAGCAUAAAGUCCUACAUUUUAACAAAACAGACGCACGUUUAGCAAACAAUGGACUUCCUCUUGAAUUUCAGAGACUCAGGUGCCGUGUUAAUUUUCAAGCCCUGAAAUUCACUCCUAAGAUUGAGGCUCUGGGACAAAAAUUGAUCCAUCUGCUUCAAGCAAAGGGGCCUUUCGUUGCUUUGCAUCUGAGAUAUGAGAUGGACAUGCUGGCUUUCUCUGGUUGUAACCAUGGCUGCACUAAAGAGGAAGCUGAGGAGCUUAAGCAAAUGAGGUAUGCAUACCCGUGGUGGAGGGAUAAGGAGAUCAAUUCCGAGGAGAAGAGAUCCCAAGGUUUAUGUCCUCUUACACCAGAGGAGACUGCUUUAAUUCUACAGGCGUUAAGAUUUGAUAAGAACGUCCAGAUAUAUAUUGCCUCUGGAGAAAUUUAUGGUAGUGAAAGAAGACUUGCAGCUUUAAGGGCUGCAUUUCCUAAUACGAUUAAGAAGGAUAUGCUGCUUGAUCCAGAUGAUUUACGGCAGUUCCGGAAUCAUUCUUCUCAAAUGGCAGCCUUAGAUUUUUUAGUUUCAGUAGCCAGUAAUAUUUUUGUUCCUACGUAUGAUGGAAACAUGGCACGGCUAGUUGAAGGUCAUCGCAGGUAUCUCGGAUUCAAGAAAAGCAUUUUAUUGUAUAGGAAGAGGGUAACUGGAUUGGUUGAUUUACAUCUGAAUGGGACACUAUCAUGGGAAAAUUUUGUUGAUGCUGUUACUGAGGCGCAUGUAAACAGAUCAGGACAACCCAUAUUGAGGAAAGUUAUUCCUGAUAAACCAAAAGAGGAGGAUUAUUUUUAUGCUAAUCCCCAGGAGUGCCUGUGCCAAGAUUUGAAUUGCAACGCAGCUACUAACACCAGUGUUUUACAUUGAGGUUUCAAACUUUCAAUCAACAAGUUGGAUACUUUGAGCUAAUUUGAGUGUCUUGGUUCUCAAGGGAUUAUGUGUAAGUUCCGGAAAUCCUAUACACAGUGAUACAGAUGCGAUCUUGUGAAUUCUCAAGAAAAGUGGAAAGAAGGAACAGGAAUUCCAGCUUGUGCAAGUUGCCCAUGAUGGUUUUUGCGGUUGCAGUCUGAUAUAAAACUGAUUUAGUCUCUUAUCAAAUCCAGAUUCAUGAUACUUUUUGUGGUGAAGGUGGAGUUUAGUGUUUUAGCAAAUCUAAAAACUAGGAGGUUGCCUCAGUAGGAUACAUUAGUUUGAUGGCAUGUUUGGCUUGACACGUGUCUGCCAAGUGAUUAGGAGAGAUAGUUCACCAAGAGUAAUAGUAAUAGUAAUAGUAAUAGUAGGUAUAAACAGAAUUCAUUCUGCAAAAGCAGUUUGGUUCUCUUUCCCCCCUUUUUAUCCCCAUCCCCAUAGCUUUCAGCAGAGCAGUAGAUUUUGACGUCUUCAGUUUUCUUCUCCCUAAUUUGUAAAGUGUAAUUCAUUUUUCACCAAUCAAACUCCAUAAAAGUUAAUAUAAAUUAUGAAAUGUAAGUGUCUGCUUAGAAAAA